CACUGUAGCUGUCAAUGCGAUAAACAUUCGCCGGUGUGCAGUGUGUUGUCGUUCGCGAACGGGAAGAAAAAUGAUGUAAUAUAGACAAAAAUCGUGCGUUUCAGUCCCAAUUUCGUUUCCAUCUGCCCGAAACCAUGUCGCUGACAUUGUUGCGAACGCUGUGCCGUCAACAGCAGCACGUGUUGCAACAGCGGCAACCCGUUACGUUCGUCGGAACCAGCCCGAUUCGUUGUGCGGUACGAUUUCAGAGCACCACCGGUGGAGAUAGCCCGAAACAACAGGACAGUAACGACAAACAGUCCACCAAAGAGCGGCUGGCGGUCAAAUACAGUCGCGAAAAUGUGAAGCGCAACGUGCAGGGAUAUGUCUUUUCACGGUUUUUCGACUACGUGAAAAACUACGAUAAGGUGAUUGAGAAGAAAUUUCCAUCGGCGGUACACGUCUAUCGGGUGUUUCUGGUAGGCGUGCGAGAUUUCUUCAACGACAUGAAGAAGCUAGUCAAAAUCACGAAAAUCGUCUACUCGCACACUAAUGACCUGCGGUGCCUGACGCGAAAGGAGAUCGAGCUGUACUAUCAGAUGCCACGAGACAUGAAGAAGGUGGCGCCGGUUUUGCUCAUAUCGGCGUUACCGUUUGCGAAUUAUGUGAUAUUUCCUCUAGCCUAUAUGUACCCUCGAACAUUACUGACGUCUCAUUUCUGGUCAGUGCAGCAGAAGGUAGAUUUUGCUCAGAUAGAUCUACGCAAUCGGCUUCUGUACAAUCGGCGCGUCUUUCGCUGUAUGCAAUCGAAGCUGGACGCGCUGAAAAAGUCACACGAUCCGGCGUACGAGAAGUUUAGCUAUAUUUUGGGUUUGUUGGGCAGUGGUCUACAUCCCACGUCUGAAGAAAUAUUGGACGUAAGGGAGGUAUUCCAACGACCACCAUUUCAUCUGAAUAGUUUAUCAUCAUCACACUUGAAAUAUCUUUGCCGAUUACACGACAUUCACGCUGGUCUGCUGAGGCGGUUUCGAUUAAGCGAACGUGCUUACGUUGUACACCAUAUGGAUAUGGCUAUAAAGCGAGAGGGAGGCGUCCACAACAUGCCAAUCGAAUCGCUAAAGCAUGCCUGCUACAUCCGGGGCCUGAAUGCGAACAAUCUGAGCGCGGAAAGCAUGAUCGACUGGUUGCAGGAAUGGGUGAAAGUUUCGCUGGUUGUGGACGAGGAUUGCAUCAGUAUGCUGCUCCAUCUUCCCAUUUUGCUAACGUAUAAUCACACGAACAACUGGAUUCUGAUACACUGAUAUUGGUGCCAAGUGACGGCGUGCCUGCAAAUGGUAGCUUAUUCGUUUUACGUUCUUUAUCAUGAAUCGAAGUAAAAGAACAAUCAAAAAGCAAAAGAAAAACAAAACGUAUCAGUAAAAGACAAUUGUAUGUCCACUAUUUCGCUAGCUACAGAAACACCGCUCGUUGAACGGAGAAAAAAAAAUCCGCAGGAAAGUGUAAGUUUUGAAAGCGCUCGAAAAAUGAAAGUUUCCAGCUUUCGUUUUUAGUAUAGAAACGUCCACAUUCAGUACAGAGUAGAGAGUGACACAAAUUCUAUCGAAACAACCCAAUUGUUACAUUGUUGUCCUUUUUUUUAUUUAAAGUUAUUAUACCU